AAUACAAACCCUUUCUUUAGUCACCGCCUACAAAAAAUCAAUUCAGAAAAUGGAAUAGUACAGCAACAAUUCGACUUCAUUUCUCACAACGAGAAAGAGUUCUCAGCUGUUGCAAUGGAUUUUACUGGAAACAACGUGGUUUUGGGAAGUUUUAAUAGAAUACGCCUGUUCUCUUGGUCAUCUCGCCGAGGUGCUUGGGAGGAAGGAAAUUUUCUAGACAUCCCGAAUUUGUAUGCAUGCACUGCGAUUGCAUGGAAAGCAGAUGGAUCUCUGUUGUACUGUGGCACUCUUUGUGGUGGGGUGAUUUCCAUUGACUGCUGUCUUCGAAGAGGAAUGCUGAACAGUCGAUUCGAGACAACCUAUGUUGCACCAUCGCACGUCAUCGUGCGUGACGUGAAUAGUGGCACCAAAACGAAUUUAGUGUCACAAAAAGGGUAUGCCAUCGAAAAUCUCAAGAUGAUUGGAAAAGACCGCUUUAUGGUGGCAUACACGGCCUCUUCACUGAUUCUGGCUGACAGUGAAACAGGUCUAUCAUCGGAAAUCGACUGGCAAUCAGGUGGCAAUGAAAAAUUUUAUUUUGAGUUUGCUCAUGUUUGUGUGAUUGUAAACGUCGGUGAAAUAACCGUCGUUGAAUACGGUAUUGACGGACCGCUUGGUUGGGUAAGAACUGAACUGACCAGUCGCCAUUUAAUAAGUGUUACCAAAGGAGGUCCAGGCUCGACCCCGAUGAAAAAAAUUGCCUACCUCACUGAUCCGACAUCACUAACGAUUAAGAACCUGAUGAACGACAACAUAGAAGUGAGCAUAACACAUACGACCACAAUCGACUGGCUGGAGUUAAGCGAAACAGCUACGAAACUGUUGUUCCGUGACAAGCGUUCACGCCUAUUCUUACUCGAUGGCUCUCGUCAAUCAUCAUUGCUCAAUUUCUGCACAUAUGUCCAAUGGGUGCCCGGUAGCGACACUAUCGUGGCACAGUCUGGUAACUCGCUUCACGUAUGGUACAACCCCGCAUUACCCGAUCAAGUAACCACGAUUACCAUCAAGGGUGAAAUAGAAAGUGUUCUCCGGGAUGCGGAACGUACAGAAGUUAUUGUGCAGGAAGACAACGCCAAGGUCGCUUAUGAGCUGGAUAACGUCCAAAUUGAUUUUGGUUCAGCGUUGGAAUCAGGAGAUCUGAAUAGAGCAUCUGCGUUCCUGGACCACUACAAGGUCGACGAUGCCUACUCGAUGUGGAACAAGGUGGCGCAGAUGGCUUCCGAACAGACGAACUUCUUUGUCGCUCAGCGAUGUUUCGCAGCUCUCAAUGAAUACCCUCGAGCCCGAGCUGCUUUCGUAAGUGAUGUUCAGAUUUGGAAGUUCAUUCCCCGUUUUGAAUCUAAAGAGAUAGGUGGCGAUGGCACUCAGCACUGGAAAAUCAGGGCCAAUGCUGCGCAAUUGAUGCGGAAUUUCAAGGAAGCGGAGAAUAUUUAUUUAAAAAAUAACGCCAUCGAGGAAGCGAUCGAGAUGUAUCAACUGCUACAAAAAUGGGAUGAAGCGUUGAGCAUUGCUAAGGCUGUGGUGAGAACGUUUGAAUUUUCCAAGACGAUGUGUCGGCCUAGUACGCGCGCGGCAGCGGCACGGGCGACUGAUGAUGAGCACCAUUCCUUUUUACGCUCACAUGCUAGGCAGGCUCCGAUUUCUGAUGAUUGUAAACAUGAAUGGGCGAAUGACUGA